GGUUCAGUCGUGGGCGGGCUAGACUAGCACAGUCCACAGAUUCGGAGCCCUGGCUUUUUUUUCUACACGUAUUGAUCAACAGGAGUUAUUAUAUCAAAAGAAAUGGAGGAAAUAAAGCCCGAGGAGACACAUGUGGAACAGCAUAAAGAUGAGGGGAAUGAGAUCUGUCCAGAAAAAAUGGAGGAAGCCAAACUGAAGGCCAAAUACCCUCACCUGGGCAAUAAACCUGGAGGAUCCGAUCUGCUCCGGAAAAGACUGCAGAAAGGGCCAAAGUACUUUGACUCGGGCGACUACAACAUGGCGAAGGCCAAGAUCAAGAACAAGCAGCUUCCCACAGCACAGACGGAGAAGGCGGAGAUCACCGGAGACCAUAUCCCCACCCCCCAGGACUUGCCGCAGAGAAAACCCUCUCUGGUGGCCAGCAAACUGGCCGGCUGAUAUGUGCUGCUGGCCUUCACUCCCACUUCCUCUCUCGUCAUCCACAUUUCUCUCUGAUCCUGCAUUCCUGACCCUGUCCUGUCCUCUCUUCUUUUACCUCCACAUGAAUAUACACUGAAUUGUCAAGGGUUGUAGAUGUUACAGAGCUGUACUGAACUGCUGUACUGUGAGAUGGGUCGCUCCUGGCACUAUAGGGGUGAAGUUCUCUAAGGCCUUCUGAUAUUUUUGAAGUGUUGUAGUAUGUAGUUGGAAGUGUACAUAUUUGCUCGUGAGUGAGGGCAACCAACAUUUUAGAAGUUGUUUACAUUUUAAUUGGAACCAUUCCUGAAUUAUCCACUGCUUAAAGGAAUAGUUCACAGAAAAAAAGAAUGAAAAAUUGUGUCGUCAUUUACUCACCCUCAGAAUUAAUACUUUUAUUGCAUAAUCAUGUGGGUUCAGAAGUCACAUGGACACCUACAGCCCCAGUCCCAUUCACUUUCAUUAUAUGAAAAAGAGUAGCCUGGACAUUCUUUAAAACAUCUCAUUUUGUGUUCCACAGAAGAAUACAGGUUUGAAACAUCACAAGGCUUAUCCUCUUUUUAGUAAUGACAGAAUUUUUAUUUUUUUUAUGUGAACUGUCCCUUUAAUUAUGGAGUUGCGUGCUUGAAUUGAUAAUGAACUGAACGUAAUCUCUGAUAAUGUUGUUGAUCUGCACCCUGCUUCUUUCAUGAGAAUUCUCUUUUCUUUUCAUAAUCUUUCAGCUUUUAAGUGGAGGACCCUCAUUUGGUCAUGUUUGAGAUCAUGUAACGCAGAUCUCUGAGGCUGCUGUCAGAUUGCCUUGUAUCAUAGUGCUUAAGGCCUUAUAUUAUAAUGAUGUAGUGCCAGUGCACAGUUCUAGAUCACCACACAUUUAUUUCAUAUGUGACUUCUCGUGUCUGGCUGUAGAUGACAGACAGCGAGGAAGCCUCUCCAGUCUCUGAUGUACACUAAACUCCAUGAGAUCUGUAUCUUGUCUUCUAUGCAGAGGAUGAAGGCAGUUGUCUGUCGGUUCCUCACGCCACAUCGACGCACUACAGCACAAUGUCCACGGUCUGCAUGAGCAUAAACUGUGGUUGCUUUUGAGCAUUUUGACUUGUAAAUAAAAUAGUUUUGCAAACCUUCUGUGCCUAUGAGUGUUUUUCUAUUAGCAAAAUAAACAAUGCAAGUUUAAAUGGUCACAGUCAGUUUGCAAAUUGUUUCAUAAGCAUCCUCUCUAUGUGUUGAAAAUUUGAAGAAGUUUUUGGUCCAAUAAUUAGAACCUCUGUUGUGUCAGAAUUGAGUAGAAGGACAUUUCUGGCCCUCCAAUCUUUAAUUUCAUUGAUACACUCUGCUAAUUUGGAGAAUUGUGAAAUUUCAUCAGGUUUAGAAGAAAUUUAAAGUUGGGUAUCGUCAGCAUAACAGUGGAAACUUAUUCCACGAUUCCUGAUUAUAUCGCCUAGGAGAAGAGCAUAUAAGUAGAAAAUAAGAGGCCCUAAAACGGAUUCCUGUGGCACUCCAUACUUUUGACAAUUCCUUGUUUACCCAUACAAAGUGGUAGCAGUCUGAUAAAAAAGGACCUGAACCAUGCUAAUGCAAGUCCACUAAUGUCAAAAUAAUUCUCAAGCCUAUUCAAUAGGCACUUCUUUUAAGAGCUUAGUUGGUAUUGGAUCUAACUGGCAUGUUGUGGCUUUUGAUUUUUUGAUAAGAUUUGUUAGCUCUUCAUGACUAUGACAGUGAAGGAUUGAAGUUGACCAUGAGUGAAAUUACGAGAUACUGUUUUCUGAGGUGCUGUGACAGUUGACUCUGAAUAAACAACUAGGAUUGUUGUGGUUAUUUUCUAUGAGUUUGCUCAAACAUGCUAUAGCUACAGACACUAUCCUUCCAUGCAUCGCGAAAUACCUCUAAUUUUGUAUUUGUUCCAGUUGUGCUCUCUUGAGAGCAUGAUUGUGAUCAUUGUACCACGGUGCAGGACUUUUUUUCUUUAAUUUUCUUUAAACGAAGGGGGGUGACACUAUCAAGAGUUCUAGAGAAUACUGUAUUUCUAUUUUUUGUUAUUACAUCAUGUUCCUCUAGACUUUUUGGCUUACUGAGUAUGUGAGACAAUUCUGGAAGAUUAUUGGUGAAGCUAUCUUUAGUGGUCGAAAGAAUUGUUCUAUGUGAACGAUAGCAUGGUGUAGUUUGAGUGACAUUAGCUGAUUGCAGCAAACAAGAUACGAGGUAAUGAUUAGAGAUGCCAUCGCUCUGUGGUAAAAUUUCUAUAUUAUCAUCAUCUGUCUACAUUUUUGCCCAUGUUCCUUUUUUGUCAGCUUUUUUUUUGUUGUUGCCAGAAAUCAUAUAUAAUAAUUGACACAAAUAAAUGAAUUGAUGCUAAAAUGAGCUAAUGCAACACAAUUCUUUAGCAUUCAGUUUCAAUUUAAUUUCAUUGUGUAUAAUCCAUGUUCACUUAAUCCAGUUGUGUUGGGACUAUGUGAAUAUUAUUUGUUGCAUCAAUGUAUUGCUGAAACUGGGCAGGGAAUUUCCAGUUUAAAGCAUAUUUUGCAUAGAACUGGAUUAGAAGAGUGAUAUUUUAAUGUAUUUAUACGCUAAAUGAAAAUGUUUUAUUUGUGUUUACAGUUUCUCAAUCGCUUUGGCUCAAUUCUUGAAUGAGAAUAAUACUUGUUUUCAAAACAUUAGGUUCAAAUCUCUGGACAAUAAGUUUCUUGUUCACACCAGAUGCGAAUUUCUUAUUCAUUUAAUCAAAUUUUUCGUGUUUUGGCACAUGUGUGCAAAAGAGUACAAUUGUCUACAAUUUGCACAAUAACUAAAUGCACAUGGCUUGCUGAUCAAAACUGAUGAGUUUUUACUCAGUGAAACUGACAUACUAUCAACUUCUAAACAUACUUUCAUCAUGUGAACCAUCACAUGCAAAAUGAUCCAUUCAGUGAUCAAAAUCUGUCAGUCAUACACAUAUGUUCCAUAAAUAUCUAUGCCAUGGAAAGUUUGUGAUGUCUUCUAAAUCUCUGGCCAGAUCAACAAGAGUGUCAGGAUGUUCACCAAGAAGAUGGGAACUUAUAGCGUUACAUACUGUGAGGAGGUACAAAUUAUUGUUUUUUUCAGAACUAUUUUUUUGCGGGGGGUUUUUUGCUUGGCAGUUUUCUAUAUAUGAAUUUACAUGUAAGAAAUGUAAAAUGUAAAAAAUGGA